GUGGUAGCAUGGCUGAUGGGAGGCAGGUGAAGUCUGCUGUUCGUGUUGUGGUGCUGUGUUUGUUGUGGUAUCUUGUGAGUUCGAGUAAUAAUGUGAUCGGUAAGAUGUUGUUGAAUGAUUUUCCAUAUCCAAUGACUGUAACGAUGGUGCAGUUAUUAUCUAUUACGUUAUAUUCCGGGCCUUUCUUCAAUAUGUCGGGCGUCAGGAAAUUUGUUGACAUCAGCAGAAGUUACUACCUAAAAAUCAUAAUUCCCCUCGCAUUAGGAAAGUUUUUCGCCUCUGUGUCUUCACACAUCAGUAUAUGGAAAGUACCAGUUUCCUACGCGCACACAGUGAAAGCUACGAUGCCGCUCUUCACAGUAAUUUUUUCAAGACUAAUAAUUGGGGAGAAACAAACACUCAAAGUGUACAUUUCACUUGUGCCAAUUAUUUUGGGUGUUGCCAUUGCGACAGUAACGGAAAUGUCAUUUGAUCUUAUUGGUCUGAUCAGCGCCUUAGUGGCGACAAUGGGAUUUUCACUCCAGAAUAUAUUUUCAAAAAAGGUGUUACAUGAUACUGGUGUCCAUCACUUACGGUUGUUGCAUAUACUUGGUCGCCUUGCUCUUUUUGUGUUUCUUCCCGUAUGGGUCUUCACAGACCUGCAGGUGCUGCUACAGGAUCAAGUUAUUAUCAAUGGAGAUAACACAACUGUCCUCUCUCUGUUGUUCAUCGAUGGAGUUCUAAACUGGUUACAGAACAUCAUAGCUUUCAGUGUUUUAUCACUUGUUACUCCUCUGACAUACGCUGUAGCGAGUGCCUCCAAGCGCAUUUUUGUCAUUGCAUCAUCUCUGUUUGUGUUGGGCAACCCAGUGACACUGACAAAUGUUUUUGGCAUGAUGAUGGCUAUAUUUGGUGUUUUGUUUUACAAUAAGGCAAAAUAUGAUGCAAAGAGAACUCACCAGAAACAGACACUGCUGCCAUUCUCACAGCAAUCGUGGCACAAUCAGACUGGCUAUGCAGUGCUCCCAGUGCCUGAGUAUCAGACAUACAAUGUUCCUUUCAAGUCAAAUGGUGUUGCUAAUGGGCAUUAUCAUUAUAACUUCGGUGGCACAAAGAAAAUGGAGUAUAUCUGAGCAUUUAUGACGUUGAUGAAACAGUUGGUGUGUACAAAUGAAGUGGCGAUUAGAUACUGAAAUUUUAUUGUGUGAAAUACAAUUCUGUGCCACAUGCCAGAACACAAACUAAAAGAUAAUUAUUUAUAUUUAAAAUACUAUAUUUUUGUACAUGUUAUUAGGUUUGGAGGAGGAGCAGUACACUUUCUUUGUGAAUCUGUAAAAGUUAAAUGAGGAUGCUACUGUAUAGUAGCAUAUAUUGGUUACAUAAUUUUUGAUCUGUUUUGAAGAUUUAAUCUAUUUAUUAUUUAUUUAUUUAUUGAUUUAUUUAUUCCCAUGAGUAUUUUAUGAUCUGCCAAUGUAUGCAGGUUAAAAUCUGCAUUUUCAAAGGUUUUCUGCUUAUGAGAUCUGUGACUUUUACAGUAUGCGUGGUGCAGUAUUUUAUAAUAAUUUAAUUUUGUUCAUUUAUUAUUACAUUUUAUUGGAAAUUAAUAGCCACUUGUGGAGCCUUCCAUUAUUUAUAAUAUUUCUAGUUGUUCUUUUUUAUAGCAACCACUGCCCCAUCUUACUGAAAUAUAAAAGCUAUAUUUGUGUGUUCCUUUCCCUCACCUCAUCUCCACCCCUCCACCUUCCUCUCUCUUGCUGAAUAACACUUCACUGCAGAAGAGUAAAACAAAAUAUUUUGGGAUUAGCUUUUCAAGAGUUUUACACUGGAAUAGUCAUUUAAAAAUUACAUAAACAUUAACUUCAUUGACAAUAUUUUGUGGAUAUUCAGAAAUAGUUUGACUGAGCUGUUACCCCAUUGUGAGUGGUGAUACCAUGUAAUUAUAAGUAGUGAAUAAGAGGAGGAUGUAUGCAAAUGGUAUUUAAAUUCCAAAUGUGAAAGUAAUUUGUUUAUUAAAGACAUUAAAUGAA